AUGAGGGCGAGCGGCAAUCUUCCUGUCGCCAUGGUUGCGGAGGUGCCGCAGAAGGGCGAGAGCGGCAUGCGGGCGUACACCGCUGCGGGGUCGGACAGCUGGGCGCCUCUCCGCAUCGUGGUGUCCACAAAGGACCUCGAAGACCCAUCGAAGUACUGCGACCAGGAGGGUGUGGAACGCCCAGACUCCGGUGGGGGGAAAACGGAGUGCUCUUCCGAACAUGUGGUCACACCGGAAAUGAUUGGUCUGUUUAGUAACACUAUCGUCCCUGCUGCUGUGAAACUGCACACAGACCGUCUGCUCGUUCAGCCUGUGAGCGGCCCUUUAAAGGUGCCUCAGUUCAAGGACUCUGUGUGCAGCAGCCUCACAGUGCCGUCUGAACAUCGGACAACAGGCGUGAGCAACGCGGACAUGGUGCUGUACAUGACGGCUUGGCGUUCCUUGUACCAACCAAUAUGGGCUCUUCCCUGCGCCACGUUGGGUAGUCGUCCGGUUGCAGCUGCUUUUGGCAUCACUGAGGCUGCUGAAAAUAACAUCAGAGGUUCCACUCGCUUUGCUGCCCACGAGAUCGCCCACGCACUCGGGUUCGGGUACCAGCAGAUGGAGUCCCUUGGCAUGGUCUCAAAGGUCAGCAAUGUGCGCGGCAAGGCGCAGGUCACGGUUGUGNCACGCACUCGGGUUCGGGUACCAGCAGAUGGAGUCCCUUGGCAUGGUCUCAAAGGUCAGCAAUGUGCGCGGCAAGGCGCAGGUCACGGUUGUGAAGUCUCCCAAGACUGUGGAGAAGGCCCGAGCGCACUACGGCUGCGACGAACUUACCGGCAUGGAGCUGGAGGACGAUAA